AGUGCUCACCAGGAUGGAGGGUGGCCCAGAGCAGCUCCAUCUGGGCAAGGCACUAGAGGAGGCAGAUGGGCGGGCCUUGGCUGAAAUCCAGGAGCUGGCUCUGAAGUGGUUCAUGGAGACACAGGCCCCAUCUAUCCUACAGAAUGGAGCUCUGCCCCCCUGGUUUCAUGGAUUCAUCACUCGCAAACAGACAGAGCAGCUACUCAGGGACAAAGCUCUCGGAUCCUUCCUCAUCCGUCUCAGUGACCGGGCUGUCGGCUACAUCUUGUCUUACAGGGGUAGUGAUCGCUGCCGCCAUUUUGUCAUCAACCAGCUGCGAAAUCGACGUUACCUUGUCUCGGGAGACACCCUCAGCCACAGCACCCUGGAUGAGCUCUUACGCCAUUACCAGGAGGUGCAGCUUGAGCCUUUUGGGGAAACCCUUGCUGCUGCUUGCCCACGGCUAGAGGAAAAUGAUCUAUACGAUGCCAUCAACACCGGCCUCCAGCAGACUAAUCUAGGCCUGGAAAUUCCAGGCAUGGGAUUUCCCAGCGUGCUUCCUGACAAGGCCACCAGUCCCCGCCUUCCUGCAAAGCCCCAGGUCUCCUUCCUGCACACAAAGAAAGCCCUAGACAUGAGUUCCCCGUCUGUCUCGGAUGAGGAGAGUGCAGAGGUACCCACUAGAGUGCCCCCAGUUCCCCAGAGGAGUCCCUCUCUUCUGGAUGAGUCUUCUGCAGGCCCUAGUGACAUCAUCUACACAGACUUGAAGAAGAUGAACCGGGCACAGCUGGGCCUGGGCACAGAGGUAUGGGGCAGGCACAAGCCAGUUCCAGCUGGAAGUUUGGCUUGUUCCCCAGGCAGGGAGUCCUCAAGAAAACUCUCAGAGGAAGAUCAGAACAGGCCCAAUAGCCCAGGACUUGCCCCAUCUGGAGUGAAGCCAGACCAAGGCUCCACAAUGCCUUAUACGUCCUUGGGAUUUUCCCUGUCCCCCAGUUCUGAGGCCCUGGGAUCACGGGCUACUUCUUGGAGGCAGGGGUUUCUAAAACUGAGCCAUGAGGCUCAGUCCUCCUCUGAAGGCAGCUCUACAGAUACCUGCCAGCUGGUUGAGACAUCAGGCCUACGACAAGAGGGUAGGGACAGACCAGACCAAAAAGGCAGUACUUACGAGCAGAUCCCAACCUGCUGGCAUGGCACUUCCAAGCCCCCAUACCCCAGCAUCAGUCCCACAUACAGCCAACUAUCAGUGCCGAUGGACUAUGGCUAUGAGAAGAUUUCAGGGACCUCGAAGCUCCCAGAACCAGGGAACACCUAUGAGCAAAUUCCAGCCGCCAAGAACAAGGACACUGGACGAGUGCACAAGCCUGACAAGUUCCGGAGGCUCUUCUUCACAGACAAGAAGCACAAAUUCUGAGGAAAGGCCCGGCAUUCAAAGGGUUUGGUGGUAUCCACACUGCACCAGGGAUUACUGGAUACCCUCAGCUCACUUGAAGGUGUGACCCAACCAUCUGCUAUGGAACCAGACUUCAGGAUGUAUCCUAGGUACCUAUCCGAGAAGGCAUGGGAGAGACCUUGCAGCAGCCUGCAACUCCUGGAUGUCUCUUCAAUGCUGUCCAUCCACACAAUGAAGGAAUAAGGCCAGCAAGAGUGGAGAAAGGUUGGAUGAAGGUAGAGAGGCCUGGGCUGACUGACCAAGCUCGCCUCACACCUCAGAUAAUUAACAAGUAUAUGGCAGGCCCCUUGCCAAGACAUUUUCCUGACUGUCUAAAUGACAUCAUGCCUUUACUUCUGAGAACAAAACCAGUUCCCUUCCUCAUGGCCUUGCCGGGAAAUAGGGGGAGAAAGCCAGGAGCCAUAUCUACCUGCCCCUGAAGGAUUAGAUCCAGAAGACUGGGAUACAGCAGUCCACCCUCCAAAGCUCCCACCCAGCAGCAGCUGGGCUCCUGGGAACUGCCCCCAGCCCUUCCUGCUCCACUUCCCCAUCGCCAUCCUAGCUUCAGUAUGCAAACUCCUAGCUUGUGCUACAGAAACCUACGUGAAAACAUAGAUAGUGAGGGUCUACACAGAGACUCCCUCGAUAAGGCAGGCUUGAGCUUGGGAUGUACUGCUGGGCAGCAUCUGGAGUCAGCCAGGGGACAUCUGAUGCCAUGCUUAUCUGAGCAGGUGACCCCUACCUACCCUCUGUCUCCAGUCCUGACCUUUGGAACAACUCAGAUUCCACCCAGGCAACCUACCAUGAACCUGGUGAUGUCACCUCCAGAGACUUUUGGGAGUCGGGCUUUGCCCAGUCACCAGUUUGGGAGUAGGAUAUUCUUGCUCCAGCUGUUCCCUUGGCCAAGCUGGCUUUUCCAGGGAUUGUUCCUGUUUUGUAAUGCUCCCUUUCAUCCAUGUGUCCCCCAAAUCCAUAGGGUGAGCAACUGGCCUGCUGUCUUCUCUCUACCCUGUCUCUACAAGCAGGAGGCAGCAACCAAGACCACAAUCUCCUCCCCACCUACCUCCACUCAGGCCCUGGGCAGAACUGGUUCAGUGCACAGUGGGGAGAGCCACUCCUUGGUAGAUAGUUGGUUACUGUGCUUUUCCCUCUGUCUCUAUAAGUCCCUAUCUACUAGAGGUGGUGGUGAAAGGGUUAAGAGUAGCAGGAAAACCCUGAGCCUAACAACAGUGAGCUCUCUGUUGCUAGACAAGUGGAUGAUUAAGGAAAUGGAAACAAUCCUCACCCAACAUCCUGAAGCCAACCAUAGCAUCUGAUACCCAGGGCAACGCUUAAAAGGGGCUGCCUGAAAGAGUACACUGACAGACUCGCAGAGUGCGGGACACAAAAGUGUUUUAUUUCUAAGAGUUCACAAAUCUGAGGUCAGCACACAUCAGUGAUACCAUGUCAUGGGGAGGUGGGGUGGAGUAGUGUUCAAGACACGGGGGAGGAGCCCUUUGGACCUAACUGCUUAUACAGCUUCACACUGGGGAAGUGGGGGGGGGGGGGUACAGUCUCGCCUUGGCUUUGGUAAAAGAUUGCAUAGCUUAUUAAACCCCCAGGCUCUGUUUUCUGUUUUCUUUGUUUUUUGCACGUAUCCCUGGUGACUGGGGUGUCUGCCCAGCACAUGGAUAAUCCAGCCUCAUCCCUCCUGCUGGGUUUUUCCACCUUCCCCUCCUAGGUGAGAAAAGAACUGGGCAAGGGGGUGGGUGAGAGGGCCUACAGGGGACUGCAGGUCUUGAGGGUAGACCACUGGGGGGCCCAGGGAAGGGUCCUGCUGCUUUUCACAACCCCAUUGCAGUUAGGUUUUUUUCUUUUUUUUUUUUCUUUCUUUUUUUCUUUUUCUCUU